GAAACCCUGGAAAACCUCCGAGAGAGAGAGAGAGAGAGAGAGAGAGAGAGAUAGAGAGAGAGAGAGUGGGGUGAAGGCCGAUGGCUCAAGCCAUGGAGAUCGACGCGCCGAGGAAAGAAGACCUCUUCAAGUUCGCCGAUAAUGGCGACGCUUUGUUCUUCAAAUCCCUCGCCGAUGAGGAGCUCAGGCGAGCCCUCUCCCUGAGGAACGACGACGGGCGAUCUCUUCUCCACGUCGCAACCGCAGCUGGCCGAGCUGAGGUUGUUAGGCUUCUAGCAGCUGUGGAUCCUUCGGGUAGUGUUGUGAAUAGCUCUGAUGAGGAAGGAUGGACACCACUUCACUCUGCUUCAAGCUGUGGCUAUGGAGAAAUUGUCGGUAUUUUGCUCGAGAAUGGAACCAAUGUUAAUUUGACCAACGAUGGCGGACGGACCGCCCUUCAUUAUGCUGCUAGUAAGGGCUGGCUCAAGAUAGCUGAAGCUCUGAUUUCUCAUGGUGCAAAUGUUAAUAAAAAGGACAAGGUUGGUUGCACCCCUCUUCAUCGGGCUGCAAGUACGGGCCGCUUGGAACUUUGUGAGCUAUUGAUUGAGGAAGGAGCGGAGAUUGACGCCGUUGAUAGAACAGGCCAAACAACUCUUAUGCAGGCAGUGAUGUGUUGCAACAAAGAGGUUGCUCUCCUCCUGCUCAGGCAUGGGGCCGACAUGGACGUCGAAGACGAGGAAGGAUAUACUGUGCUCGGCAGAGCGACAGGUGGAUUCAGAAAUUCUCUUAUUGAUGCAGCUAAGGCCAUGCUUGAAGGUUAAAUGAACACACACCUUCUGUGUCUCCGUUUAUUUUGUUCACUAUUUUGUUACAAAAUUAUCAACAUUUGCAUGCAUGCUGUUCAAUUCAUAUGUAUUUGCAUAUCUAACAUUAAAAUUCCAAUUUUACCUGUGUAUGAAUAGGUGUAUUUCACCUUUUAAAAGUUAAAAUUAUGAUAUUUUUUUAUGUUUUA